AUGAAUCGGUCCGUGGCACCACUGUCAGAUAUGCAGCUGAAUAGGACAUUGUCCCUCAUGGGGGAUCUUCGAAGUGCAGAUCUCAAGGAAAUAUGUCGAAGUUUAGGGUUGACAGUAGGGGGAAGAAAAGCAGAGCUUCAGAAUAGAAUUUCAGACUUUCUGGUCAACUGUCGCGUAUCAGGAGACAAUUCAAGUUGUCUGGCGGUGCGAGACCUUAUUUUAUGUUCUUACCACAAGGAGGAUCUUCCAGACUAUGAAACUUUGCUACAUAAUUACCAGGAAUCGACGCAGAAAAGCGAUGAUGAUGCACAUAAAUCGAUUCUGGCGCGACAGAUACACAUUUAUUUCAAAAAGAGCCCGUUCUACACGCUUAAAAGAAUGGUGAGUGCCGAUGGAAAUGCACAGAUAUUGGCAAGAAAGCAUCCAAAGGGUCGUGGGACGGUCAGAUUUACAUUUAAGCUUCGGCAGAGUGAACUUAAGAUGCUUGAAUCGUCUCCAAACAUGCGUUUAUAUCUAGUUUCGGGCGCUAUAAAUGACCUAAACUACACCAGAACGCAGUCCGAAGACCGGUAUGUGGAAUUCCCACAGCCAAUCAAGAUCAUCUACAACAAUAAGGUUCUUUCGGACAAUGUGAGGGGAAUUAGAGGCCAGUUGGGCUCGGCCAAACCGGCAGAUUUAACACCAUAUCUUCAGAAACACCGCCGGAAUGCGGUCGACCUAGUUUUCGCAUACACAACGAGGAAUUACUUGAUGCAUUUAUACAUAGUGGAGGUGACUCCAGUGGAAGAUCUAAUGGAUAAUAUAUUAAAACGGCCCCACAUUCCUCCGCAAAGUACAAUUGCAAUGAUCAAAGAAGAUGCCGAGGGUGAGGACAUGGUGGCAUCAAAGGAAAUCGUCAGUUUGAAGUGUCCAUGUAGUUUUAUGCGUAUGGAGUAUCCAUGCCGAUCGCAAAAGUGCGAACACAUUCAAUGCUUUGACUGUUAUUCUUUCUUAACCCUUCAGGAGCAGGCACCGACGUGGCUUUGUCCAAUUUGCUCGAAAAAAAUCAAACUUUCGUCAUUGGCAAUUGAUGAUUACUUCCUCAACAUCAUCCAAAACUCGGGUGCGGAUGUCGAGUCCGUUGAACUGUAUAGAGACGGCUCCUGGCUUCCGAACGACCUGCAAUCGAAUCUACAGAAGAUACGGCAUCAUCAUUCACCUCAAGUUUCCGUCAAGGAAGAGGAAAAAACAAUUCCUGCUGAUCAUUCUGGUGACGAGAUUGAAGUUAUCGACUUGAAUUCCGAUACGGAGGAGGAAGAGCCGCCUGCAAAUUCUAAUGGUGUUAAUCAUGCCGGUGAUUUGCAACAAUUGGAUGAAGAACAUCCGGCUGACGGGCAAGUGACUCCCGGAAUAAGAAAGGAUAGUGCACCUAAAGCAGGGGAGCAUGCUAAAGUAGGCGAGAUUACACCUAAAGCAGGCAGUGAUGCACCUAAAGCAGGCAGUGAUGUACCUUCUAAAGCAACUAAAGAGGCGUCUGCGAAAGAGGAUACACAAAAUAUAAAUCAACAGAAUAAUUUGCCGAACGGAAAUGCGAUAAAAUCAGGUCAUGAUGCACGAGAUCAAAGCAAAGGGCAACCGGAUGCUUCCCAGCUUCUGAAUACAUCUGUACCAAUUGUAAAUCAGAGGAUUGAACACCGUAACGAAGAAUUUGGUACAGAGAACCAGCCGAUCGAGAUUUUGAGCGACAGUGAUAAUGAAGAUGAGCCAAUGAGUGAAGCUCAAGUUCUGCCUCAAGCACAUCAACUUCCACACACAAGUGACUCUGCGCAACACGACAAAUCAUCUGAUGUUUUUGAAGAUGCGCUUGUCACUCAGCCAUUUGAAAGGGAAAGCAAUGCUGUAGUUUCGAAGCCGUCUGAGGAUCAUAACGGAAACAUCAAUAGUGUGAGUCAAGUUCCCACCCAGCUGGAAUCUGGUGUUAGGGUUACUAAUUUGGGGCAGGAACCUUCAAAUAUGGCAGGGUCUGGGAGUAUAAGCGUGGAUGCACGUAAUACAAUUGUAAAAGCAGUUUCGGGUGCGUCCACUAAUGCUAAUUAUAAUACUGCCAAAGGCAACAAGACUGUGAAUGUUACUGGUGCUGAUAUUGCUACUAAUGUUACCACUGCGAAUAAUGGGGCUGGAAGUGUUGUGGCCAAUGCUUCUAAUAUAGAUUCUGUUGAUGCCGUGACCAACACAAAUGCCAAUGUUAUCAACAAUAAUUAUACUUCCAAUGCUAUGACUACAAAUACAGUUACCGGUAUUACUGGUGCUGCUUCUAACGCCAGUACAGGUACUGCUAUUGUAGAUGCAGCUUCCACCCAUGGAAAUUCUGCUAAUAGUGCCAAUGCGAAUGCUGCAACAAUCACAAAUUCCACUGUAAAUGUUACAAAUACCUUUGCAACUACCGCAAAUGCUACCAAUGCUACUGGUUCUGUUUCCCACAUCCCUAAUAUGGCUUCUAACAUUAAUACAAACGCUACUGGCACACGUGUUGCUUCGAAUAAUGCGAAUUACGUUCCUAUUCUUCCAGACACGGCUAAUCCAACAAAUGGUUCGCCUUAUGCUUCUCAUGUUCAUUCGCUAGCGACAUUUCCAGAUGGGGGUUCGAACUUUGGAUCCUCUAGAUUUGGCAUUCAUCCAUCGUCUGCACCUAUCGGAUCCCAACCUUCCAGAAAUGGGGCUUUUCAAAUGCAAGGUAAACUUCAACAACACCAUCAAAGCAUACGGCCAAUGCCAUCUCCUGCUGAUAUGAGAUCUACUGGAAGUGGACAGCAGCAGCAAAGAAUACUUCCUCGCUCUCUUGACGUGUUUGAGCCAAGAUACACGAAUUCAUUAACAACUCAGCAGCAGCAGCAGCAGCAGCUGACAGCAAACAAUUUGCAGAAGCAGCGUCAAUAUCAAGCUUUACAUCUUCAAUCGCAACGGCAAAAACUAAUAUCCAACAAUCCUAAUGUUCAGAACUUCCAACAGAAUGGGUUUGGUGGAUCCAACCGUGUGUCAUCUGCACCUAUAGCCAAUAGUUUUCCGAUGUCUGCAAGCAAUUCAUCUAGUGUCUCAUUGCCUCAAUAUACAUCACAUCAAGUUCCUGCAUCUACAAUUCCACAAAAAAGAGCAAGUGAGCCUAUUGUGACGCAACCAGUAGCCAAGAUGAGGCACGUGGAUGCUAUUGAUAUCAGUGAAGGCGAUGUAGAUAAUAUUCCACCCAGUGAAAGAAUGAAGAACAUGGAUCAAAGUUUUGUUGGGAAUUUAGGGUUUUUGCAAUCAAUCGUGACCGGAACGAAUGAAAAGAGUGAUGGAAAGAAUGCCAAUCCGAAACUUACGGAUGAAACAGCCAACUCAAAUCGGAAAGAUGACAAGUUCAGCCAGGUGCCUUUAAAAGCCGAAAUUUUUGAUCUUGAUAGAUUGGUUGAACGGCUUUUGAGUGUCGGUACAAAGUUUUCAUGCAGAGAUGCGGACCUGAGAAAUAGUUUGGUGCAUAACAGCACCAAUAAUUUAUUAAUGGAAUCGUGUAAAUCGGAAUUAUUGCGAGAGACAAGUAUUUCCAUCAUCAACUACUUGGGAAGCAUGCUAGCGAUUGCAUGCGAUGCACUUUCGUACAUAAUUCAACGGGAAAAGCGUAACUGUGUGGUUAUGUCAUGGAUGCUUACGAAGUACUACAAGCUUGAAGUGCUUUUUAAUGCAAGGGUGGAUGCUUUAACGGUCCAACUUCGGAAAGGAAGUCGGUAUACCAAUUCAAAAUGGCUGUUUUCACGCUUGUUGAAGAAAUCCUUUGAUGAUUUGAAGAAUACCCGUGAAGGCUCUGUUCCUAGUGCUUAUGAUAAAUAUGUGGCCUUUCAACUAGCAAUGUUCUUGAAGAGAUCUGGCCUUUUCUUCGAGUUACCAUGUACGGUGACUGGAAAAGAUAGGGUUUCAUUUGCUAAAAUUGAUGCGCAGGUGGAAACUUUCAAUAAAAUUCCCAUAGGUGCUCUUCCUACAGUAUUCUUUAACGCAGUUUCAGCACAUGGUGUGCCGAUAUCCCGUGACACCAACUGGCGUUCUACUGAUUAUGUGGAUUAUUUGAAGACGAUGACGCUGAACAAUGAGAAAGGGCGCGAUAUGGCUGCUUAUGCCAAACCGGUUGAUGGAUCAAGGAAAAGUGAAGAGGAAAGAAAUUAUCUGGAUGCAAAAAUAAGAGAGGAAUCUCGUGCGAAACUAGAAGCUGAGUUAAAGGAGAAGGAGCGUCGUGAGGCUGAAAAAAAGGAGAACGAAAGAUUUGAAUAUGAGAGAAAGGAAAGAGAACGACUUGAGUCUCAAAGAAAAGAGAAAGAAAGAUUGGAGACUGAAAGAAAGGAGAAAGACCGUCUAGAAGCUGAAAGAAAGGAGAAAGACCGUCUAGAAGCUGAAAGAAAGGAGAAAGAACGAAUAAAGGCUGAAAGAAAGAAAAAAGAACGACUUGAGGCUGAAAGAAAAGAAAAAGAACGUCUAGAAGCUGAAAGAAAAGAAAAAGAACGUCUAGAAGCUGAAAGAAAAGAAAAAGAGCGUUUGAAAGCUGAAAGAAAGAAAAAAGAACGACUUGAGGCUGAAAGAAAAGAAAAAGAACGUCUAGAAGCUGAAAGGAAAGAAAAAGAGCGUUUGAAAGCUGAACAAAAAGAAAAGAAACGUCUAGAAGCUGAAAGGAAAGAAAAAGAGCGUUUGAAAGCUGAACAAAAAGAAAAGAAACGUCUAGAAGCUAAAAGAAAAGAGGAGGAACGUAUGGAAGCAGAAGCUAGAAAGAAAAAUGAAGAGAGAGCAAGACUUGAGGCUUCGAGAGCUGCAGAAGAAAAAAAGGUGAGAGAGAAAUCAAGAGCUAAGAGAGCCGAGUUGGAGAGAAAAAUAUUGGCGAAAACCAAAAGCCAGCAAGACAUGUUGAAUAAGUGGAGAUUUGACAUUCUGGACAUGAAAAGCAAGCAGUUGGAACAGUCAAAAGUUCGAAAUAAGUCUCCGUUGCUCAAAGGUACCACCGGUGGAAAUGGUGUGGCAUCUAACUCGAAGACGGUUUCAACUGUGGUCAAUGAUAAAACGACACACGUAAAAGAUUUGAAGAAGCCGUCGACGGACUUUUCGGUUGGAAAUAGUAAUUUAGCAAUGCUUCAGCAGCUUCAGAAGUCUCUAGCAGAGAGACAACAACUGUUACAGAAGCGGAUGAAUUUCAGAGGUCUUGUGUCCAAAAGCUUGAGCCCGGCAGUGAAAACUGAUGAUAAACAAGUCAAGAAGAAACAUUCUUCAGAAAAAAAUGAGACUGCAGAUUCAAGUGCAGUGGACGGGCAGAAAAUUGUGCAGGGAGAGCAGAAAAAGAAGACUGAGAUACUUCCAACUGUCAAGGCAUCUGCAAGUGGGCUACUAGGAUUUUCUGCAUCACUCACUGGUUUCAGGGAAUUGCUGCAGAGGAGAAAAUCUGACUUAGAUGGCUCGAAAGAAUCUAAAAAGGGUAAGACUGAUGAUGAAUAUGGGCCACCAUUGCCUCCUCCUCCAGGAGUCCCCCCUAACCGGACUGCAAAAGGUGUUCAGUGA